AUGCCCAUUAGUCAAUUAAAAAUAAAAACAAACGUUGUUAAACGUAUUCAUAAAGAAUAUCUCAGUUACGAGAAGGAAGCUGAACACCAACAAAAGCGUAUUGACAAGCUCAUUGCUGAAGGUGCAGAUGAGGCCGACGUAAGAAAACAGAAAGAAGUUCUUGAUGAAACAUUUCAAAUGAUCCCAGACGUCAAAAAGAGACUCGCAACAGCUUACCAAGACUUGCAAAAUCAAAUUGAAAAUGGUGAAAAUACAGAUCUUGAUGAAUUACAAGAAGCUCAAAGCAUCCUUUCCGAGAUAUCCACAGAAGUUUAA